CCCAGGACUGCAUAAAAAAGAAGGAAGGAAAGAAUGAAGGAAAAAAAGAAGGAAAGAAAGAAAGAAAGAAAGAAAGAAAGAAAGAAAGAAAAGAAAGAAAGGAAAGAAAGAAAGAAAGAAAGAAAGAAAGAAAGAAAGAAAGAAAGAAAACUUUCCUUUCUUUCCUUUCUAUGUUCGCGCUACGUUCCCGCCCGUUGUGUAGCCAUCAGGCGUGGCUCCACCAUGCAGAACAAUGCCAAGGAGUUCGUGGACCUGUACAUUCGGCGGAAGUGCUCCGCCAGCAACCGCAUCAUCGGUGCCAAGGACCUAGCGUCCAUUCGGAUGAACGUGGCCGAGGUCGACAAGGUAACCGGCAGGUUCAAUGCUUACAGAACCUACGCAAACUGCUGUAAUCGCAAGAUGUGCGAGUCGGACGUCUCCAUUCUACGACUGGCCAAGGUGGAUGGCAUUGUCUCAAAGAAUUUCUGACUCCAGGGAAAAUCACUAUGUGGAGUAUUUGUAUAAAUAAACAGUGAAAGCC